GUUGCGGUGGACUGGACACUGGAGUCUGGAGCCGCUCCUCUCUCCUUCCUCCUCUCUCGCCACGCUGCUCCUCCCCACUGCCCCUCGCCGUCGCCGGUGGCUCCCGCCGGCGCGCCCCCCUCGGUCCGGCCACGCCCCUACACUCGCUUCGCAGCCACGCGCGCUCGCAGAGAAGGAGAUCAAAUUGAUUGGUCGAUGGGGAAGGAGAUGGAGAACGGCGGCGACGCACCUGCGGAUGUUUCGGCGGUGGGGACGCUGGUGUGGGUGCGGCGCAACAACGGGUCGUGGUGGCCGGGCCGUGUCGUCUCGCCCAACGACGUCCCCGACUGCUGCCCCGCGCCGCCGCGCUCCCCCGCCACGCCCAUCUUGCUCCUCGGCCGCCGCGACGGGCCCGUCUUCGUCGAGUGGUUGAACCUGGAGCGGAGCAAGCGGGUGAAGCCGUUCCGAUGCGGGGAGCGGGGCCUGGAGGACUGCAUCCGCACGGCCCAGGAGCAGGCCGCCGACCGACGCCUCCGCUCCAAAACCGCCGCCGGCGGGGGCACCAGGUACGCCCGCAAGGACGACGCCGUGCUCCAGGCGCUCGAGAUCGAGCGGGCAUGCCUCCGCUCCUCCUCCUCCUCAAGGCCCACCACCACCACCACCACCAGCAAGCCCUCCCACUCCGCCCCCGCCCCCGCCCCCGCCGCCAGGAAGCGCAGGAGGACGCCCAACGACUCCGAGGACGACGCGCCGCAGCGGAUGAAAGACCUCACUGACAUCGGAAAGCACGCCACCACGCCCAAUGCGCCCGCCUUCACCGAUCUGAACCAGCACCUGCCGAGCACCAGCCAGAUGAAGAGGACCAAGCAGUCCCACCACCACUCCGCCAACAGGAACCAGCCAGGGCCAACCGCCGACCAGGACCAGGACCACCCCUGCGGGAUCUCCAGGAGAAGGGAUAGGUCCCGGCCGCUGUCGGAGCUGUGUAAUGGAGAUGCGUGGAACGGGCACAGAACCAAUGGCCAGAGACCUCAUCAGCACCUCAUGCACGCCGCUUCGAGCUUGGGUAUGGUGCUGGAUAACAAGCCCAGCUCUCGCCGUGCCGUCGGACCUGUCAUCAAGACCGAGCUUGGAUAUGGAGACAUGUGGAAGAACGGGCUCAAGCCCAAUGGUCAGAGAGCUGAUCAGCGCCCCAUUCGCGCUGCUUCGAGCCUGGAUGCGGUGCUGGAUACCAGGUCCAGCUCCCGUCACGCCAUCGGACCGGUCAAGACGGAGCCUGUCGACGAUGGAUUUCCCCUUCCUGUCAACGUUCACCUCGCCGCAACAAGUAUCAUGAAAACAGAUCACUUGCAUGUGCACCAACCAUGCGCUUCAACGAAGGCUCCUACCCAGGAACAUACCAAUCAAGCUUCCAACUGCAGCAAAGAUGGCAUAUCUUCCCAAUGUGACAGCAGAAACUCUAAGAAGAAAACAAUAACCUCCGUCGAUCAUGAAGGCAUUAACAACACCAAAACUGUACCAGAGCGCGAACACCGCAGAGAAAGGGCAGCAAAGCACAGAGCACCAAGUAACGAGGUUAUCCUGUUAGAGAAAAGGGUGGAGAAGAGUGCCGCUGCCGACAAGACCGCGGCACCUGCUGAUGAUUACAAAGGCCUUGCAGUAAUAACUCCUAACAGUCUGGACUGUGUCGGCGCGGUUCUGCAGCAGCACUCUGGAAUCAAGUGCAAAGUUGAAGAGCCAGCUGAGACCACCAGCAACCAUCCAAACUGUGAGAAUGUUCCUGCACCAUCCGUGGUCUUUGAGCUGUCGCCACACCAAGUAUUGCCACCCCAGCAGAGAGAUCUGGUGGCUGCCGUGAAGCCUGUCAAGACCCUGCAGCUGAACUCGUCCAUCUAUGAUGUGGAGAUAAGUGCGCAGGGGGCCAGCAGCGGCAGCAAGGGGGGUCGUGUACCUCUCGUCUCUCUGAUGAGCAAAUCGAGCCGAAGGCCCGUUGUGGGGUAUCCGGUCACCGUGGAGGUGCUAGACGACACCGCACCCCGCCCUCCUGCCCCGAGUGUACACGACCAUCACCACCCCUCUACGAGCAACACCGUUAACAGACCAAUGAAGGUGGAGGAGGAGGAGGAAGCUGCAGCUCCAGCCCCGCAGCGCGCUAUGCCGCUGCCGUCGUCGCACAGGGCAGCGCGAACGACACGAGCAAAAGCGAAGAGCCGCAGGAAGGCCUCGGAUGAUGACGAGUCGUGGCGACCGCACACCAAGAACAGCCCAGUGACAUCUUCAAGUGCAAACUUGAAGAGCCGCAGGAAGACCACGGAGGACGAAACAUGGCGACCGCACACCAAGAACCCGGUGUCGUCUUCCCCGAGGAAGAUGCGGAGGCUGUCGUCCUUCGGCCCAAGCCAGAGAGGAGCAGGAGGCGGAGACAGGAGGCCGGCGGCUGUGGGGCCAUUCGCCGUCGCGUGCAUCCCGCUCCGCCUUGUCUUCAGCAGGAUCCACGAGGCGCUAAGUUAGUGAGCUCUCUGUGGGUGUAUCUGUGUCUGUAGAGGUAGGAUGAGCUGCUGAGACGGGAGGAGUUCUGGUAGCUUAGCUCUGGUCUGAUGUUGGAUUCAUCGACCGUGUUGUGUGUACAUGGCCUCUGUAGAUGAGGAGGCGCUGAUGCUGAUUAGCUCUUGAUGGUACCAGCUAUCUAUCUAACUAAUUAAUGGAAGGGAAUAAGGAAAGCAUUUGGAGUAUGUGUUUA